AUGGCGAGGGUGGCCCCCUUCGUCAUGGGCAACCAAGAGAUACGCCACUCCAAUCGAAUGUUGGUACUACCAUCUUGGCACAGAAAUGAAGCGCUCAAGUCGACCCUUUCUGGCGCAUCGAAUCUUGCGCCAUGGCUUGCCGCGGAUCUCUGGGCGGUGCUGGGCAUCGCCAAGGAAGCGUCGCCAAGUCGGCCCACGAAUGCCGGGCAUGCACAAAAGGAAGCAGAAGAGGUGUGGUGCGUGAUGCAGUUCUCUGGCGAUUUGAAACAAAAUCUUCGAAGGCAAAUCACAGGCGCAGCACUUGAGUUUAGAUUUCCCGUGUCAUGGCCCAGCGCAAUCGAUUGA